AUGGCAUCAGGCACGCAAAACCCGAAUCGGGCCUUGUCGUCCGCCGCUGCCGCGGCGGCGCUUCGUGCCCGUCCGCAGACUCCGACCAAUGUCGCCGACGUCCAGACGAAACGGACGAUGCGCCGCAGUCCCUCUGUGUCGUCAGUCGGUAGCGCAGCUUCAGCUGCCGCCAGGAGAAGCUCACAGCAACCGCGCUUGGAGAGGAAAGGCAGUUCAAGUAGCAUGUCGGAACGCACCUUUCGGAGUCCUUCGCCGCAUGGAGAUCGAAAGCCGCUCGAACCGGAUCACCCGCCAGUACCAGCCAUUCCAUCCAGUCACAAGGUGUCAAGGAGUACGAGUUCAGCUGGCGUGGGCAUGCAGAAUUUCAAGACUGCCUCUCAGAAGAUGGAAACUGGACUGCCAUCUUGGUAUACGCAACCACAAGGAGAUAUUAGCAAUCUGCGAACAUCAGAUGCGCCCAUGACGAAACCAAUACCAGAGCACCUAACCUCGGUUCCGCAACGACCGGAUAGUCGAAGCUCAUCCGUCAACUUUUCCUAUCCAGGUCGCUCUCGGGCGCAGUCGCCGCCAGCUUCGCCAGUCGUGGAUCAAAAUGAUGAGUGGACCGAGUCGCCGCGACAAACAUCGAAGAAAUCCAAGCGAUCCUCAGUUGCUUCCAGUACUGUUACUACCAAACCAGAUCAAACACUCGUCUACGACCCAAACUCAAGAAGAAUGGUUCCAAAGGCAGACUUGGACGCAAUUGCCUACCAGGUGCAAGCAGCUUCAGAAAAGCAACCAAAGAGUAAGAAAAGUCAAUCUGGUGUGUCCAGAUCUGGAAGUCAUCUAGCAAAGGGCACAGUGGGCAGAACAAGAGGGAGUCUUGUGGAGACCAAUGGAAACACUCGAGAACUCCGAAGUCACGAACCAUCAUCAACACAGACUUCCCGUGCUAUAAAAGAUGAACCACGGACAUUACAGAAUACCGAGGUAGAAUCCGUCGCUGGGGUACCGAUUGAUGGAUACAAUAAGGGUCACGUAUCAACCUCAGAACAGUACGAGCCAAGAAAAUCGGGCACGUCACCGCUUCCCCAGGAACCGCAACGCCUCUUGAGCCCUCGGCCCGUUGCACAGAUGGGUAGGAAACCUUCUAUGGUCAGAGAGGAGUCUGAGGAUGAAUCCGGCGCGGAAGAUAUUCACAUCCCUUCUCGUGAUAUCUAUGGUGCUCUCGAUAGCGUACCGACCCGCCAAACACUUUACGAGCCUGCCGGUGAACAACAAACCACAUUGGCAGCAGAAUCCGAGCUUGCCGACUACUCGACAUUUGAAGGAUCUGACGGAAAUCCCGAGAGUCUAGCUAGUACACUGGAGUCAAGGGAGCAGGAACAAAUUCCAAGGCACCUGGCUGUGAGCGUGGCACAGUCCGCGAAUGUCCCACAACGAUCACUUUCGCAGAGUCCUGCUCGCCAGGCCCGUUUCGCGUCAUCACCAUCAGAUAACUUGGUUGUCAGACAUACGCCACCAGGAAGAUCAGCAUCACCAAUUAAAUCGGCACUCAAGCAUAGCCCGUCGCCACGAGAUGCAUCGCCAUCAGAUACUAGUACUUCUGACGCCGCAAGAGCUCGUUUUUCUUCACCCGAUCGAGAUGCAUCUCUACCACGUAAAAAGUCGGCCAGGGUCAGCUUUGAUGAUAGAAGCCCUGUCAUUGUUGGCGAGUCUCACGGUCCCGUCGCCGAUACAGAUUCACCAAUUAUGCCAAGCCCACAAACGACUCGGCGACCUUGGUAUAGCGGGAUCGGUCGGAAUAGGAAGAAGGAUACAUCGCUCGAUCUCGAAGAAGAUGAGGUCAUGAAGCCGCGGCCCGCUCUACCCAGCUUUGGAAGCGUUCGUGAGAAGAAGGUUCGCGACACAGAAGAACAAGAACGCCCGCUCAUUCGCCCCCAGGAUGUCCCAGCUACAACUGUGGCAAGAACCUACAGCCCGCAAAUGGCGACGGAGAGCUCCAUGGACACCGGUUUAUCGAGCGAUUACGCCAUUGGCACAGCACUUUCGCAGGCCCAAGAUAACGCAGCACGGAAUGAGGCUAAUAUCUCAAGGUUCCGUGAACCGCUACCUCCUGUCGUCACAUCUGUUGACGGCAGGGAUGAUUUGUCUGACAGUUUGAAUAGCUCAGAUGACGAACAUGAUUCUUUCAACAGUGCGGGUGAUGACAGCGACGGCGGACUGCAAGCUAGUCAGACUACAGCUGCUACAGUGUUGGAGUCUCAGCCCAACUCCCAGAUCAACUCCACAAUAUUAGAAGAGAAGAUACCGGUGCAGCCAGAGCAACCUCUAGCUGAAGCAGUUCCUGCGUCUACGCUACCUUCACAGCCAAGAUUUGAGGAGCGAUCUGAGACAGUGCCCGGCAUUAGCAUCACCCAGCCCAGCCCAGGCCUCACUGAAGUCAAGCAAACGACGCAACAGUAUUUCGAUAUUCCCGGAAUGUUCCCAGAUGACAACUCGGAUGAGAGCCCAGCUCCACAGCAGACGACUUCAUUUCCCUCAUCAACCGCAGACGCAAUGAAAGAACCAGAAGCUGUUGUAAUACCUUCUCAGACUCAAGUCCUGCCACAGACGACUCUGGCUACCACGCCUCAGGCCGCGCAACCCGAGGCUGCGACAGAUGACGAUGACUCGAAUGCUUCCAUUUACAGCGAUGCCUACGAGGAUAUCUCAGAUGUCGACGGUGAUGGAUUCCAGUCAAUGGAUGCAGUGGUUGAAAGCCCGGUCACGAAGUCGUCAAUUUCUAGCCACGCACCUGAGACCACUGCGGCUGGAAAUACCAAAUACGAGGAGAUGGAACCAACAAAUCGGAACAAUACUGUUUUCGCGCCUGCCGCCAGUAGAGAAGCACCAGGAAAUGACUGGGAGCAUGCGAAAUCAUUCUGGCGCAGUUUAACUGCCGAGAAGAGACGACAGCUGGAGUUGGAAGCUAUGGAGGAUGCAGGAGCGGAUGGCGACCACGAAGAGAUGCAGACCCCAACCCGUAAAUUAAGUAACAGGACGAAGAAAACGGCUGGGCAGAGACAGGCGACAGCUGUAGCUCAAGCAGCCCAUGCCCAAACGACUCCACCAGAGAAGGCAAAACAGAAACAGAUGAGACCAGUUGAUGCUGAGCGGACUUACAUGAUCCAGCCCGGAUCAAAGGCUAAUCACGAGCCUCUGAGUCCUGUACGGCAGUCUGGACAUAUGCGGAUGUCGAUGCGGGGACAACAACCGCAACCUGCGAGAACAGGCACGCUCACAAAGAGAGACCCGGGAGAAGUGCACAUGCGCAAAUCCAUGAGAUCUGAUCCAUUUACCGACGGAAACGCCUCGCACCGCGCAUCGGCACCCCCAGAACGCGUUGCUUCGCCACGAAUUACGAGACCUCGCACAGCCGGCGGCCAAGAUGAUCAAGCCGUCCGACACAACAAGGCUGCGUCAGUUGCGGUUGCGGCUUCUGCUGCCACUGCGUUUUCGAAAACUAGUAAACCUGCACCGCAACGUCGGGGCUCUGAUGCCAGCGAUAGCAGCUUCAAACGAACUCGGGCAGCACCAUCAGAUUCCAUGGCUUUCCGCCGAACAUUGAGGCAGGAGAGGCAGGACAUGGUUCCAGCGAGGCCCCGUUCACCGCCGGAGGCUGUCAAGGGUUCGAGUAGAUUCAGCCUUAGAUCUCUGUCACCUUCGGGCUCGACCUUCCGUCGCUCGUCUGUAGCUGGCCCACCAACGACCAUGGGCAUGCGCCGCAGUCUACGUUCAGGUAGCGAUUCAAGCAAAGACUCGAAGCGUGCAUCCUUGCAGUUCCCAUCAUUCGGACGUGCUUCUGGUAAAGCCGCUGGCAAGAAGACAAAAGCGGGCACCAGUCGCUUUGGCGAUUCUAGCGACGAGGACGAGCCUGCUUCAAGAUUUCGAAGUCGAUUUGACGAUUCGAGCGAUGAAGAAGACGCCAGACCUGGGUCAUCGUCACGUCCCAUGUCCAAGGGCACAUUGAGGGCCUCGGCUACUGCGCCAGCAAAUAUCAAAGUUGCGGCCCCUGUACCCGAGGAGGAAGAGGCCUCCCCUGAUCUCCCCGAUUCUGAUGAUGAUGAUCCAUCGACCCAAUUCCCGAGUCCACUGAGAAGCCCUGGAAAUGCAGCACCUGCCUUCCGACCAGACAUCAGCCAACGUACCAACUCUGGAAUUGGCACCACGACUCUGAAUCGUCAGCGAUCUGGACCUGGAACUCUUGCAACGUCGGUCACAGCGCCCGUCGUUACACGUGAGCGCAGGUCUUCGUUCAUGAGCAGCAUUCUCCGAAGAAACAAGAAGGCAGAUAAUGCCGGCAAAAUCUCAAGGCCUGAGCUGACGGAGAGCGCAGCCAGAAGGGAUACCAAACUCGAGCGCAACACGGACGAGCUUCGGAAUCUCCGCAGCGACCAGAGACCCCACAGCCCGAAGUUGCAGAAGAAGAAUGCUCUCACAAGAGGCGAUAGUUGGCCGCUCCCCGAACCAACGGACGAUGUGAGACCCAGUACUGCCGGUGGGCGGGUAAAUGGAGCAAAAGUUGAGAGGCCAGACUUUCAGGGUCGCCGGAGCACCAGUCUUGGUAUGAUGCCUGCACAGCAGCCCAAUGGUCAUAAUCUCGGUUCCGAGGCUAUCAUUGAGGGUCCUGACUCCUCCCCCAAGAAGAAGAAGAAAUUUGGUGCGUUGCGCAAGAUGUUCAGAUUGGACGAUUAG